AUGGGCGGCAGCAGUUCCAAAGCUCUGGCCUUUUGCCUCUGCUACCGGGGCGGGGAGGUUAGGGUUAGGGUUAGGGAAGCGGUGACUCCUUUUGUAUUCACGCGCCACGGUUCCAUGUUCUAUGGUAAAGAUAGGGAUCUGGCUCACAAGUUCUAUGAGGAGACAAUUGUCACCAAGAACAGACAGAAGCGAGCCAAGCCGAGGCAGAUAUAUAAGAAUCAGACUCCUCAGGGCAUCGUGAGGCUGGAUCCCCCCACCCCCUACACGCAGGCGCCUGAAUCGACAUGGAUUUCCCUCGUGUUGCUCUAUGAAGUGUGA